GCAGUGUCGCGCGACACCUCGGAGCGAGCGAGCGUAUGAGAGGGUGCGAGGCAGUGAGCGCCGCGAGUGACCUGCGGCCUGUGUCGUGUCGUGUGUCGUUCGUGUCUUGUUGCGUGUCGUGUCGAGUGCCGUGCAUCGUGCCGUGUGUCGUGUCGUGAGCCCUCGCCAGUGUCGUGCCUGGGCGUGUCCUGAGCGCGGUCCUCGUCAGCUCCGGGUACAGUCUCGUGCCGUGUGUCGCGUGUGAUCUCCGUGCCCGGUGGUAUCAGUGUCGGAGGAGACUGUCAGCCGUGUCUUGUGUUCGUCUCGGUCGUGUCUCAUAUAUUUUCUUCCUGGCGGACGGUCGCGAGGCCAUGUCAGUCGGCGGGCGGCGGGCGGAGGAGGCCCGGGCGGAGGCGUCAUGGCGGUGAGCUGCCCCGAGGUGAUGUACGGCGCCUACUACCCUUACCUCUACGGCCGCGGCGCCGCGCGCUCCUUCCACCACGCGCCGCACUUCCAGUACGACCGGCUGAACGUGCAGAGUGCCGGAAAUGCGGGAGAGUACGGCGGUGGCGGCGCGGGAAGCGGCUCAGCCUCCGCCGGCGGCGCGCCCGCCCUCAGCUCAGGCUCGGCGUCGUCUGGCGCGCAGUCCCCGGGCUCGCCUUUACCGCAGCACGCGCACGUCCACCCCCAGACCCACGCUCACCUCGUCCACGCUCACUCGCUGCCGCCGCAGCAUCACUCUCCUCGGCUGCGGACCAAGGAGGAGGAUCUCUCCGCUCACGGCCGGGCCAGCGCCGACGGCGGCGGCUCGUCGGAGUCGGAGGGCGACUGCGGCGGCGGGCCCCGGGGCCGGGCGCAGUAUGUCAGCGCCAACUGUGUGGUGUUCACACACUACUCGGGGGACGUGGCGGCCGUCGUCGACGACCACUUCACACGGGCGCUGUCCCUCGACAAACAGAAAGAUGGGGUGCCCAUGGUGUCCCGCAACCUGCCCGCCUCGUUCUUCAACGCGGCGGCGGCGCCGGCCUGCGGCCUGGAGCUGUACGACUACGACCCCUGGCACCAGCACUACGCCGGCUACGGACACGCGCACCGCCACGCGGCCGAGUACCACGCGGCGGCCGCGCACCACAACAUGGCGGCCGCGCAGUACGGCGGCCUGCUGCUGGGCCGCGGCUCGCUCCACGCGCAGUACAAGCCCGUGGAGUGGCCGCACCACGCACACCACGCGCAUCACUCGCACCACGCGCACCACGCCUCUCCCCACCUGGACCCGGCCGCCUGCUCGCCGUACUCCUACCCCGCGCCGCCAGGUCUGGAGCCCCAGGUGCAGGACACCUCCAAGGACCUGUACUGGUUCUGAUCGCGGCGCCCCGAACACACUCGCCGAACACACCACGGAACUACAGCUGUGAUAGUUCGUGUUCAUGAUGAGACCCUGACUCCGAGCUCCACGCGGCUCCAGAACACACGACCGGGAGGUCAGAACAUCCAGGCCGUCACAGACAUGGAACAGGAAACGAGGGGCCAGUGACUCAUCACGACACAAUGAUGUAUCUCCUUUGAAUGUGAUCUGAUAACAUAACGUGUGUGUCGAGGAGUCACAUGAUGUUGUUGCAGAGCUACUCCUCACAAAGCUCUGUGUAGAGAGACGCAUACACACACACACACACACACACACACACACACUCACACACACACACUCACACGCACACAUAUCCGCUCAGACACACACACACAAACACACAGCCAUGCACAUAAACACACAUACACAAACACGUCCACAUAUACACUCACACACACACGCGCAAACAACACUCGUACAACUCGCGAGCCAGUUGUCUUCUCCGAUGGCCUCUUGUAUCUUCGUCUGUAAAUAGUAAUGUAGUCUUCUGUUUAUUCUUUUAUAAUUACAAAUGAGUAUUUUUGUUUUGAAUAUAAAUCGUCUGUGAUACUUUCGUUUGAGUGAUCGUAGAGGACACAAACAAGCAUACAACUCAUAGACACACACACACGUUCACAAACACACACAAACACACGCACACAUGUAGUAUAGUAAGAGUAGAAACCUCUAGAUAUAAUAAGUUAGAUGUUAAGAAGGUUGUGUUGUAUGAGACGGAACACGUCUGAACUCUGGAGGUAGCGUAACAGAUGUACAUAGUUAGUGUAAUGUUAUAAAGUAACGAGUGAGACAGUGAGUGAGUGAAUGAGUGAGUGAGGGCUGCGAGCUGCGGGCUGAGUGACGUCCGGCCGCCGUAUCGGUAGCUUGUCGAUGAGCGGAGGCAGGGAUGUGGUCCUAUCGACGCGUCGCCGACCUGCACCGUGUGUCGAUGAUUUGUAAACAUGUCAUUAGACCUAGUACUAUGUUAUGAAAGUGGUUGAAUCUGUGCAAUAUGUUCCUCUCCACCCGCCGCGGCGCUCGAGUCUCCGGCUCGCGCGAGGCUCGGGCGGCCGCAGUCCCUCAUGCUGUAAUGUAUUAUAUUAUAAUAGACCUGAAUAUUAUUAAUAUCAUAAGGAUUACUGUACGCGGGCUCCUGAGACCCGAGACGGGCCGCAAACAACAAUAAACAAGUUACAAACAUAAA